CCCCCGAGUCGAGGGGCUGGCACUUGGACGUCGCCCGGCCUCAGUGUCCCAGGCCCGUCCUGCGGGGAGCGCGCCUCCGCGAUGCCCUUCCGGAAAGAAUGCAUAGUAUUGGGGUCCCACUCCCAGAGGCCAUCAGGAGGAUGCAUUUAGAGAUGCUGUCAUUCUUGGAGAUUCGGCUGCGCGGGUCCACGGACCAGUGGACCGUAGUGCUCCUUUCCUCCCAGCACAGUUGAACUCCCCACGUGGAGGAGGGGCUGGAACCAGAAGAAUGCGUUCCCGCCCCAAAGCUGACGUGUGCGUCGCUGCCGGCCGGACUCUUAAAAGCCCACGCGGAGCGCGGGGCAUCCUAGCAGAGCUGGAGAGGAGGCGAGCGGGAGGAAACCGCGGAGGACUGGACUGGCUCACUGGGACUGCGGCUGUCACUGCUCUUCGAGCAUCCCUGAGUGGGGGACUUCCUGAGUGGAGGGGCCAGGCCCUGCGGAAGUUGCGGGUGUAUCCCCAGACCCACGCCCCUUUCGAAGCGCUCGCGGAACCUCUCGCCCCGUGCGAGGGUUCGUCAUUUAGCACAAAGCACGUUUCCAAAAAAGCAGCGCUAGGGAGAGCGCCCGGGCCGCGCUUCCGCGCACAAACUCCCUCUUUCCCUUUGUUUCUGGGAGUCGACAAGCCGAUCUCUUCCCCAAGUCUGAAUUAUUCGCAAGAGGAGGGCCGCCGAGUCUAGGCUGUGAAGAUGCCCCUGGAGCUGACUCAGAGCCGGGUGCAGAAGAUCUGGAUCCCGGUCGACCACCGUCCUUCGUUGCCCAGAUCCUGUGGGCCGAAGCUGACCAACUCCCCAACAGUGAUUGUCAUGGUGGGCCUCCCAGCCCGGGGUAAGACCUACAUAUCCAAGAAGCUGACUCGAUACCUCAACUGGAUUGGUGUCCCCACGAAAGUGUUCAACGUUGGAGAGUACCGCCGGGAGGCUGUGAAGCACUACAGCUCCUACAACUUCUUCCGCCCUGACAACGAGGAGGCCAUGAGAGUCCGAAAGCAGUGUGCCCUUGCUGCCUUGAGAGACGUCAAAAGUUACCUGACGAAGGAAGGGGGCCAAAUUUCAGUUUUCGAUGCCACCAAUACUACUAGAGAGAGGAGACACAUGAUCCUUAAUUUUGCCAAAGAAAAUGAUUUCAAGGUGUUUUUCAUCGAGUCAGUGUGCGAUGACCCUACAGUUGUGGCCUCCAACAUUAGGGAAGUGAAGAUCUCCAGCCCGGAUUACAAAGACUGCAACUCAGCAGAGGCCAUGGAGGACUUCAUGAAGAGAAUUAACUGCUAUGAAGCCAGCUAUCAGCCCCUCGACCCCGACAAAUGUGACAGGGACCUGUCCUUGAUCAAGGUGAUCGACGUGGGCCGGCGGUUCUUGGUGAACAGAGUUCAGGACCACAUUCAGAGCCGGAUUGUGUACUACCUGAUGAACAUCCACGUGCAGCCCCGCACCAUCUACCUGUGUCGGCACGGAGAGAGCGAGCACAACCUCCAGGGGAAGAUCGGAGGGGACUCAGGCCUGUCCGUCCGGGGCAGGAAGUUUGCCAAUGCCCUGAGCAAAUUUGUGGAGGAGCAGAACCUGAAGGACCUCAAGGUGUGGGCCAGCCAGCUGAAGAGCACCAUCCAGACGGCAGAAGCCCUUCAGCUUCCCUAUGAACAGUGGAAAGCGCUCAACGAAAUCGAUGCUGGUGUCUGCGAGGAGAUGACCUACGAGGAGAUCAAGGACACCUACCCUGAGGAGUACGCUCUGCGCGAGCAGGACAAGUACUACUACCGGUACCCCACUGGGGAGUCCUACCAGGACCUGGUCCAGCGCCUGGAGCCAGUGAUCAUGGAGCUGGAGCGGCAGGAGAAUGUGCUGGUCAUCUGCCACCAGGCCGUCCUGCGCUGCCUGCUGGCCUACUUCCUGGAUAAGAGUGCAGAGGAAAUGCCUUACCUGAGAUGCCCCCUUCACACCGUCCUGAAGCUGACGCCAGUCGCUUACGGCUGCCGUGUAGAAUCCAUCUACCUGAAUGUGGAGUCCGUGAACACACACCGGGAGAGGUCAGAGGACGCAAAGAAGGGACCUAACCCACUCAUGAGACGCAAUAGUGUCACCCCACUAGCCAGCCCCGAGCCCACCAAAAAGCCUCGCAUCAACAGCUUUGAGGAGCAUGUGGCCUCUACCUCCGCUGCCCUGCCCAACUGCCUGCCCCCGGAGGUGCCCGCGCAGCUGCCUGGACAACCUUUGCUAGGGAAAGCCUGUUUACGAACUGUCUGUCACAUUUUCUCAAAGUUUUCUCCUUACUAACCUUGGAAAGAAUAUGAAUGGCUCCCAGAGCAGCGUCGACUCCUCCCAGACACACUGAGGCAGACCCAUCGGUUCCAUUCCAUUUCCAUUCCUGCAGCUUAGGUUGGGCUCUUCCCUCCACCCGAGGCCGACCACGCCAACGGCUUCUCCUGGAAAGGGCUGGGCGGCGUAGAAGAGGGGUCUGCUGGUCAAAGUGAAUCUCUGCUCCCAACAGCACCUGGGCGGCCAAGACCCCAGCACGCCUUUCCUGUGUGUGCACAGAAUCUAGGCUUCUGUGGCCACCCCCAUCCCAUGCUCUCCCCACUGUCCAGGCUGUGUGGCCUCACGGACCCUUCAUAAGACUUGGUGAGGACAAUGAGCCGUGGAGGAGGUGAGAGAAGGCCCUGAGGAGGGGACGGACGUUGGGCACCUCGUGCUGGUUUUUUGUUUCAUAUCUGUGACCUUGGCCUGGAAUGUUCCCAGCUGGGAAAAUGACAUUGGUCUCAGAAUCCUAAAAUUAAAGGGGCCUAGGUCCCAGUUGCUGACAGUUCAGGGACGUAGGAAACGUUCAUAAGGCUUGUUGGUGCAUCUUUGCCUGGGAUGUUGACCUGUGAAGACAAGACGAUUGCUGGGGUGGAGCCGGCCAGAGAGCCAGUCUGGAGGUGCAGACAGAAGCCCCUGAGCUGGACUCGCUCAUCAGCUAAGAGUGACCCCCUCCGUGUCCACACACCGUCCCAGGGCUGUGCUCAGCCGCUGAAGAUGUUGGACAGUCUGGUGGUGUUGGCAAGAGGAAACGGCCCCGGGGCCUCACCCUUCCUGGGAGCUGCGUGGUCCCUCUGCUGCAGGCCUGGAUCAGAGGCGCCUGAGGGAGACUGGCUUCCCUCGGGCUGCUUUGCUCUGAGAUUUUUUUCUGGCAGAACAUGUGACCUGAACAUCACACCUUCCCUCCAGGAAUUUAGAUUUUUGGGUUUUGUGCCCCUGGGGGCUAGAGCUCUUGAAGAAUGUGGGGAGUCAGGCAUUCCCAUGAGAUGGGGGGCGCAGAGGAACCCCAGUAAACGGCUGGGAGCCAGCACUCAGAUCAUUGCAAGACAGCCCCCGGGAGACAGCAUGGAGAAGAACAAGGAUCCAGCCUCCUUCCUUAGGACAUUCAUCACUUCCCAUGUUUCCCAGGUGGGGACAGUGGCCCAAGCCAGGCCUCACUCUGGGCCACUUCCUCUAAGAGGCUAUGUUCAUCGCCUCCCGCAGGAGUCGGCUCAUUCCCGCACGUCUUCAUGGAGCGUCUGCUGUGUGCCGAGCAUGGUGUGGGUUCCUCGGGGAAUGUCCUCUCUUGCCUUAGUGGCACCUGUGACAUUUUUGGGGGGGCAUUUCAAGCAGGAAUUGGGGAACAUGUGAUUCUAAAUACCUGUAGUUUCUAUCUCCUUGUUGCCUCCAAGUAGAGGGUGUCCUGAGGUCCAGAAGAAAUGGUUUGGAGACAGCUUUUGUCCAAAUGACCUUUGAGGCUCUUUCUAAAAGCUGGUGCCAAAGGUCAUGUUCCUUUCCUGCCCUCUGCUUUUGAGCCUGACAUCCUCACCCUGCUUGGCCUGUGAGCUAGUUGAGAGCAGGGGUGGGCAGGCUGAGACAGAGGGAGUGGGAAGUGGAGAGAACCGCUAUUUUUACUUGAGAGGAGCUUUUAGAGAGUGUACGUUUCUCUGAUUGGGAUUACUUGGGAAGUGGAACAUGCUUCAGAUACCCUACAAUAAAAUGGGAGGUUUUCACACCAAAUCACUCAACCCCUGCCCCUUACUUUGCAGUCUGCCUGAGAGGACCUGUAUGUAACAUUCUGUACCACUGAAGAUGGGUUAUUUUCCCUCUUUCUCGCUAUCUUGUGUCCAGUUGACACGAGUGUGUGCUUGUAGGGUGGAUGUAUAUUUAGGCAGAGGGGCCUGUGGUUCUGCUCUUGAGGAAGACUUCACUGUGUCCCACUUUCUGGAAUUCUCUUCCUGGUUGUCAGAGCUAGCUCUGGUUUUUGACUCUUACAGCAGAUUUGAGUGGGGCUGCAUGAAGGUGCACACCCCUCGCCUCUGACAGCCUGAAGUAGGUACAGACAAAUGAGGCUUUGCCUCCCACAGAACAUAGUUGUAAGGGCCUGGGUGGGGCAUAGGCAUGAAUAUGGAUGGGGAGGGAGCCUUGGGAGGAGCAGAAUGCUGCUGAGGUCACCUCUGAGGAGGUGUUGGAUGGAAGGUGUAUGGGAGCUGCAGGCACGGAGCACUUGUUACUUUAUUGCCUCUCACUCCCCCCCCCCCCAAAAAAAAAUCUGGGACCAAUUUUUUUAACUUUGCAUAUUUGUUUUUGGGUAGGUGUACCCCUCUCCUUUUUCUGUCCUGAGACCCUGGACAAAACUCUUCAUUUGGGGGGAGAAGAACUGUUUGAACCACACCAAUGAUGAUUUUGUUUGUAAUACUUGAAAGUUAUUUUUUUAUUAUUUUGAUAGCAAAUGUGCUAUUUAUUUAUUUAAUGUGUAUAAAGGAGCUUGAACAUAGACAAUUUCUUACAUUGGGUUGUUGUUUGUCGGUUGGUUUGGGGCCUUUUAUGUGCGACUUAAGACUUCUCUGCAUUCUGUAUAUUUGUCUGAAUUAAUUAUCUGGGAUGAAGCUGUGCCGGCUUUCACACAGGGGCUGCCUUUCAGAAAUUUGUAUAUUUUGCAGUUGCCAAAACAAUAAAAUACCCAAUUGAAUUACA